AUGCUUCGACCGUUAGCUGUCGUCCGCGAGACAUGGAGUCUCUACACGCCCCUCGAGCGGCGGAACAUCUUCAUCUACAUCGCCGGAAUCAUGAUGUAUAAGUUCGGUCUUGAGGCCUUCAACGGAUCCGUCAUCGCUUUGGCAACCAAUCGCUACGACGCUCUCGAGCAGAAGACGCACAUCUCCAUCACUUUCCAGCGCGUCGGUGUCUUGACGGGACUGAACCAGGCAUUUCAGUGCGUGGGAUCAAUUCUCAUCGCGCCUCUGAUCAAGCGGUAUCCGACCAAGAACGUCUUGGCUUGCGCAGUGCUCAUCUUUGGCUUCAUGAGCAGCAUAUUGCUCAUCCUGGAUGCUGCAACUGGUGGAACGUUCAGGCCUCGCCAACAUCCGCAGAACGAUUUCAGCUACUAUGGCGACUACAAUACCGAUGGAAUGAUACCUAUCUUCUGCGUCUGUGGUGUGGUGUACGGCAUGGUCGAACUGAUUCGCCGGGUCAUUCCGCGGGAUCUUGUAGGCGGGAACAUUCAGAAGCUCCGUCGUAUGGAUUCUCUCGUUCACAUUUUCUACGAAAUCUCGGGCACGGCGGGCGCCUUCACUACAGCACUCGCCCUCAUUCCCCACUUUGGCAACAACUUCUCCUUCAUCAUCACACCGAUCUUCUUUGCUGUGGCCUCGAUCCUGUGGUGGUUCAUUCAAGAUGGGAUAGAAAGAGAUACCCGAGCCCUCGUACUGGAAAGCCAGCCAUCCUACGUCAGAGCAGUUGCCGGUGGAUUCUACCUCUUCUUCGAGUCCUGCUGGACAGGCGGAAAGAUCAUCUUUACACACAGAAAGUUUAUCUGGCUGCUGCCCGGAUACGCCGUCGCCCUCUACGGACAUCGAUAUCUCGAGAACGCAAUCGCACCCGCAGUCGCUCGACGCUAUCUCGGCAACUCCGCCUGGGCACAGAUCAUGGUUGGAGGAUCGAAUUUCGGUGAACUCCUUGGAGCCCUGUUCGUGUUCAUGUUCACGAAUCUGGUUCACACACCUAUGCCCUGGCUGCGAAUCGAUGCACUCGCACUUCUCAUCGUCUGGUACCUACCUUACUGGCACCCACCCAAGAAUGAUGUCGGUCAAGCUUGGAUCGUUGCCGCAACCUUCAUGCCUAUCAGCUUCGGCUGGGCGGCGGGUGACGUCUCACUUGCAGCCUACAUCCAAGCCUCGCUCGCCCGUAUCGAAUCUCAGACCCAGAACGUCUCUGCCCUUGGUGCUGUAAUGGCUUUCCUGUACAGCACGUACAUUGUAACCUACGCCAUCGCUUCGGUCUGCCUCGGCACAUACAUUGACCGCGUAUCGGAUAGAAACAAUGACGAGGUGCAGUCUGCUAUCUUCAGCGUAGCGGGCGUGCAAUUCACAGUCAUUUUCGUUCUGGUCAUGACGGCGACAUUUGUACCCAAGGGCGCAUUUUCCUUGAACCCCAAGAUGCUCAGCGAGGAGGACUUGGAUACGGAUUUGGAAGACGAAGAUCUGGAGUAUGUACCUGGUGUUCAGGUUAGGAGCAAACAGAGUCACGAAAGCCACGAGAUGACUAGCAGAGCAGACAGCUCAUAG